CGGAACGAGGGCACUGACCCCAAAUGGAUCUACGCGCCCCCUGAGGGCGCUGUCCUACCCGACAUCGAGAACAUCGAGUUUGGAGACUUCGACUACGACCAGUUCAAAGGCGACGAAGAUGCAGAGCUCUGGCUCGUGCGUGUCCCGAACAAUAUUAAGCCAAAGCAUCUUAAGGAUGUGCGGAUAUCGGCGCCGCCGCCGUCUUCGCUCACUGUCAAGGUCGGCCGCCUGGAGCGCAAAACCGGGUCCUACGAUAUAUGGGCCCUCAGCGCCGACGGCGAGGCGGAGGGAGACGAAGGAGCCGGCGUCGGGGGCGAAGAGCUGCGCGCGCUGUCGGCGCUGCUUCCUCGCCCGAAGAAAGGCGGGAAGCUCUACCUCGCGCCCAAACCCAUCGCUCGGCACCUCGUCUUCGCUGCGUCGCCCCCUAUUCCCUCAGCCCCUGAGUCUGACCCUGGCGCCGAGCCAGCAACCGCUCCAGCCGGCGCGCACGUCUACAAAAAUCCGCCACGGCCUUCUUACCCUGACGCGGUCCUCAAACAUCGCUUCCUUCCGUACGGCUCGCGCGGGUCGCCAGGGACAGACUCGGCGAUCGCGUCUCAAGCAGCCCCUAUCGACGCCGACAUCGAGAUGGUCUCCGACGAAAUCGAAAUUAGAUCAAAGUCUGCAGCCCAUGCGACAGCGAACAGCCACAAGAAGGGCGAGAGCGAAGACGGCGGCAAAAAAGACAAG